AUGAGCCUUCCUCCUCAAAUGAGUUCUGACAAAAACAGCAAUCAUCGGGCAGUGGCGGCUAUGAAAGAGCCUUUGCAGAAUUCAGGGGAGGUUUAUUAUGGACUGGGACCUCAGUCUUUGGAGUCCAGUCAGAGUGAUACUGCUGGAAGUUCUGGGGUUUACAACCCAGAGAAAGGACCUCAGGUUCUACCGCCUUACCAACAGGUCGCCCCGGUUAAGUGGGUGCACCAGGAGCCCUCACAAGCACCCGGCUGGCCUCAGGAAGCACCUGUGCCGGGGUGGGGUCAGAACUUUGGGGCUUAUAUGGGCGCCGUGAAUGUUCGCGGUCAGAUGACGUUCCACAAGGAAGUCCAUGAUCCUCUUCAGAUGAGUGCUGAAAAUCAGCAGGUUUACAGAGAAACCCCCCGUGCUUCAUCUCAGAGCAGGGGGCUCGAGUGGGAGCAGCAUGCCAUGCACCAGGCCCAACUACAAACAUUUCAGCACAAAGGCAUGGAGCUACAGGGUGCGGCCCACGUCCCCCCUCACAACGUUCAGGGCGCCAUGCUGCAGCCCUUCCAAACCACAUUCAACAAGCAGCAGUUCCCACAGGGAUACUACUCUGUAUUCCCGAGCAACAAGGGAAUGCAGGGCUUGCCCUACAGCGAGCAGCCCAAAACCCAACAGCAACAGCUGCUUCACCACAUGCAGCAGCAACAGUUACAACAGCAGCAGUUGCAGAAACAACAUCAACUACAACUGCAGCAGCAACUUCAGCAACAGCAGCAGCAAAUACAACAACAACAAAUACAGCAUAUGCAGCAGCAGUACCACCACCAACAACAACUACACGAGCGACAGCAACAAAUGCACAAAAUGCAGCAGCAAGCACAAAAUGUCCCCCAUCAAGGCACACAAGCUCCUAAUUUCAUUAGCUACCAGCCUUCUGAACCUUGUCUACCUGACACCACGUCCCAAAAGGAAGCGGUGCCGAUAGCAGAGACGUCAAAGGAUAUCCAACUUGAGCCAUACACAUCAGAACCAGUUGAUGCAGCGCCUGCUGCCCCUAGACGCUCGCGACGCCUUUCCAGAGACGGUCAAUCCCCGUUAGUGCCACCCUCUGCAAAUUUUUGGGCUCAAGCUCCAAAAGAAACCUCCCAGAAUGGAUUAUCAGGGGCGCAGACUGCAAGAGGAGAGGACAACCAGGCUGUGACAGGGGGAGUCAUCCAGAGCACCCGGAGGAAAAGAAGGGCAUCCAAGGAGAUUAACUUGGAGACUCUGGCUCAGAAGGCGUCGGAAAUGCCCUCCAUGCCGGAAUCCAUAUCUGCUGGCAAAACUGAGGGAGAUGGUCCUCGGGGCAAACAAUCCAACAUGGUCCCGUUAAUCAUCCCCGUGUCGGUCCCAGUGCACAGGAUUCAAAUGCACGGUCACGGUGCGUCGGCACACGGACGAGCGGGCCAGGCUGAGCGUCCCUUGGCGACGUCUGACUGCAAGCCGUCCGUCAUCGUGGCUCGACGCAGAUCCCUCAGAAACUCGGUGACAGACAGCUUUGAGCAGGACGGAGAGAAUGAUCCCGGACUGGAUGAGGAGGGAAAAACCAAACAAAAGCGCAGACCACGACCGGAACCUCUCAUCAUUCCUCCACCCAGACCUUCCACGUUAAUCCCGGCCUCAGUUUACUCCAACAUCACUGCCUACCAGAGCAACCUCCGCUCCCCCGUCCGGCUUCCGGACAACCCGCUCAUCUUGCCCCCCUACACUCCCCCUCCUAUCUUAUCUCCUGUGCGAGAAGGCUCGGGACUUUACUUCUCCACUUUCCUCACCAACUUUGCUGCCAGCAACCAAAUUCACCUGCCGCUGCCGACGCCAAAGACGGCCACCAGAAGCCUCUUACGCUCCACAAGUUCAGACAUCACACCGCCAGUUCUGCCCUUGAUUACCGACGCCACGCCUGUCAGCCUCGAGCCGCGCAUCAACAUCGGGCAGCAGUUCCAAGCGGAAAUUCCCGAGUUGCGACAGCAGCAUUCGUCUCAAUUUGACCCACACAAGGCUGACUUGGUUUGGCUUCCUUUGGAAGACAGCCAUCUUAAACACACAGAAACAGAUAGAGUGGAGAGUCUGAUGAACAUGGCUUGUUGUAGUGUGCUCAGUGGAGGAGGAACCAACCAGGAGCUUGCUUUGCAUUGUUUACAUGAAAGUGGAGGGGAUUUCAUUGCAACUAUCAGACAUUUACUUCAUCAGGACCCAGUCUUCCCUGAAGGCCAUCACCUGGCAGAUUAUCACUACUCAGGCUCUGACAGGUGGAGCACGGAAGAGAAACAGUACUUCAAUAAAGGGAUGUCUGCCUAUAGCAAGGACUUCAUUUUGGUGCAGAAACUGGUGCAGACCAAGACAGUGGCUCAGUGCGUUGAGUUCUACUACACAUACAAAAAGCAAGUGAAGAUCGCCAGAAAUGGGAUUUUAACCUACGGCCCUUCAGACUCACCUGUGGAUAAUAAAUACACAGAGGCUGUCGUGGAUGUAAAGAGUUCUCAGCAAUCUAAACCGACCCACCUAAAUGUGGAAAUCAAGGAGCAGCCUUCUUAUGAGCAGGAGAGCAAUCCACAAGCAAUAAUGGCUCACUCACUUCAGGCUCAUGAUUACGCGGGUUCUGUGCUCGUGGUCAAAGAGCCAGAGAACGUUCUCAAGGACGCUAGCUACACAUCCGCUCCACAGAGGCCUCGAAGUGACGCUGCAGCAAAGAAGGCCAAAGUUCCAGUAAAACCCACGCUUGAUCCUGAUGCAGUAUUUCCAUGCAAGAAAUGUGGCAGGGUGUUCAACAAGGUGAAAAGUCGCAGCGCCCACAUGAAAAGCCAUGCCGAGCAAGAGAAGAAAGCCGCGGCUCUGCGACAGAGGGCGGCGGAGGAGCAGGCGGCAGCGGCGGCCGCCCAAGCCCGCAAGGAGGCCUUAUUAGCGGUGGCAGCGGCGGCAUCACACCAGGGCGGAAAAGGAGCAGAGAACCAAGGGGAGCCGAGCAGCAGCUUGGAAGACUCAUCGGAAGUGGAGGAGGACGACAAUGACGAGGACUGGCACUGA